GAGGAGGUUCCAGUGUGCCGCUUCUGCGGGGUGCGUUUGAGCACGGCCGACAGCCAUGAGGAGCUAACAGAGCUCCUCUUUCGGCACGGCGUCCUCCGCAGUGCAAAGGCGGUAGAGGCUUACGGAGCUGUGGACAGAGCCGACUUCGUUCCUGAAGACGGAGAUGCCUACCUCGAUGCGGCUGCGGUGCUGGGUAGAACAGGGGCCCAGGUUUCGGCACCUCAUGUGCAUGCCGCCGCACUGGAGUUGGUGCAGGACAAGAUCGCGAGCAUUGACAAAGAGCUUCGGAUCCUGGACCUGGGCUCGGGCAGCGGGUGCAUGGCGGCAAUGCUCGCCCACCUUGUUCUCGGCCACGGACGUGUGCUGGGCUUGGAGCACAUCAAGGAGCUCGCAGAUGAGUCCGUUCUCAACGUGGCAAAGAACCACAGAGCCCUGCUCGCUGAUGGCACCUUAGAGCUCCGAUGUCAGGAUGCCCGCACACUGACGGAGGACGAUAACCGCUUUCACAUCGUUCACUGUGGAGCCGCCUUGGAGGGGCCUGAGCCCUGGCUGCUGAAACUCCUGCGCCCGGGUGGCCGGGCGGUGGCUCCCAUCGGCACGGCAGACACUCCGCAGUGGCUCAGCAGCAUCGAUUACCCUGAGGAAGGCGAGCCAAUCGUAGAAAAACACCUCCGUGUGCUGUAUGUCCCAAUGACCUCGGAGGAGGACCAACGAUCUCGGGGAGCUGCCUGGGAAGAUGUCGUGGCCAGGUGCGUUCGGAACUCAGCAGAUCUGCCCCCGCCGAACCGGCCGUAG